UUUUGUUCCGAGUUCAGUCAGUCAUAGUCAGUGACCGCAACUUAUCGUGUGAGGGGUGGAUUUACUUUACUCUAAAAAUAUACCGUAAUAAGUUUGUAACAAGAAAACCUUGUUUCCUCUAACAAUGAAUAUCAAAAUCAAUUGAAGUAACAAUUUCAGUGUUUAAUAAGUUAUACAUAUUAUAAAUGCUUAAAUUUUCUGUUUAAAUUUUUACAUAUAAAAUUUCUGUGAAUUCGCGGUAUCUUAGUGUUGUUAGGGAUUUUUUGUGAUGAAUGCCUGUUAACAGAAUAUGUCGACCAUUGGACUUAAAAUUCAGCUAAAACAUCUUUAAAAUUGGAUGGGAUUAUCCUAUUGGCGUGUAGCGUCGGUGUGAUGGUGCGUGAGGCCACAGUGCUGCUGCUGGCGGUAGCACUGUGUCGCGCCGCCACCACACUCGACUCCGAGCUGGGCGUCGGGAAGGCCAUCAACAUAUUUAUGAGAUAUGGAUACCUCAGCAUCUGCAUGCGAGUCGUGCCACGCAAUGACACCGACGGCUGGGUGUUCCGUGAGCCCACAGUCAGCGUGUUCAGAGACGUGGAGCGCUUCGCCCUCGCGCCAGCGCCGCGACAACCGAAGACAUUGUUCGAUGGCGACUUCCACAUGGAGUUCUGCGAUAACUUGAAGCAGUUACUGCAGGCGUACUUUAGAGAUUUCAGUUUUGAAAGGUUGGAGCGGCCGUGGCGAGCUUUUACCGCCGGCUGGCCGACGGACAUCAUGGCCCGGAACCUGGGCAUCAACUCCUCGUUCAUCACCGGUGAUCACUGUUACGUGCUCGUCAGGGUAUCAAGGUUCCGUGAGACAGCCAAACUGAGUGAACUGCCGUCGAACAUCGGCGUGGAGGACGUCGUCUACGACGCGAUACAAGAGUCCGCUAUCGGCGACACCGUGUCUAUCGCAGAUUUCAUCAGGAAAUACGGCUCGCAUUACAUCGCUUCCUACAUCACUGGUAACUCUUUGUAUCAGGUGUUUGUGUUCUCUCGCGGAGUGUACUCGCGGAUAAAGGAGCGCGUGAAGUCGCAAGGCGUCAAAGACAUUCCAUCCAGUGAGAUGAACAACUUCUUCUCGCCGUUCUUUGCCGAGCACGUCGGCGCGGUCAAGGUAUUUGUAUUCUCUAGAACCGCAUACUCCAUGAUCAAAGAAAGAUUAAAAAGCAAAGGAGUUGCUGAUAUUACCGCCAAGGAAUUAGAGGGAUACUUCUCGCCAUGGCAUGCUAAACAUAUCGGCCAAAUCAAGGUGGCCAGUGGUAACAAAACAGUUGAGAGCUGGGCUAUGAAGCGUCUUCGUGUCCACUAUUACAUUUUCUCUUACCCCAGUUUAUUAAAACUACACGGGGAGCCAACGUUGUUAAGAAAUCUUGACACACUCCUAGGAAAUGAAGCUCUAUUACAAUUAGAAUUAAAGACAUUAUCGCCUGCGUUUAAAGACGUUAAAAAGAAAAAGUGGUUUGAAGAAGUGAUAGACAAUUAUUUAAAACUAUGGGAAAGUAACAUGUGAUAAAAGAUCAUAUUUAUAGUUUAAUAACCUUUUUGCGAGUCCAAAAAUGUUACUAUUAUAAACUUUUAUAAGAAAUGUAUUUUUAUAUGGAAAUUAUAUAAUAUUUUGGACAUUUUUAUUAUGUAAAAUGACAAUUUGAGUGUUUAUAUUAAAGUGAAAGUAAAUAUUUACAUGUAAUUGAUAAUAAAAUUGCCAGUUUUUAUGAUUGCUAAAUUAUUCAGAUUUUGAUAUGGCCAUUUGUUACAUUGUUCAAUGUUUGGUCAAAUAUUUGAUGAUUUGAUUCAAGUUUUUAUUCUAUUAUCCGAAUAAUCGAUUGUAUUUAUUUAUUAGUGUAUUUGUUUAAUAAUUAUGAAUGCUUGUGAACUAGGUACUAUGUUAGAGCGGGCACACCUGACUAAACUAUCGACUAACAUUGUUUAGUCGCGCUUUGAUUACUAUGAGCUUAUGGAGGCACGACCACUAUUCGAUUUUUAGUUGUGCAACUAAACAGUUGAAUGGACGAAACAAUCGACAAUCGCACAACAGCUGUGCGAUA